AUGUCUGAAUAACUUUAUCAAGGAACAUGGAAACAUAAUAUCACUAUCGAAAUAGAUUUGACCUAAAUAAAAGGCAUUGAAAUAAUAAUUCAUAUGAGGUCUAAAUCUAAUCAUUUGACACUCCCAAAGCACAUAACACAGAAUCAUAAAAUAAGCAAAGAACCAAGCAAAUACUUCAAUCCAAGUAUAUACAGCAUAAACUAAAUUUACUAGAAUUUCUUAGAUCAUGA